AUGCCCAACACUCCACCAUGGAAGAUUCCUAUUGAGCCACUUCCACAAUUGUCAAGUAAACCACCUAUACCAUAUUUGGAGUGUCCGCCAGAGCUAGAGCUAAAGCAGUUACCCUCUCAUCUGAAGUAUGCAUUUCUUGGGCCAGAAAGUACUCUUCCAGUGAUUAUUUCAGCAAAGUUAUCAGAUGUACAAGAGGAGAAAUUAUUAGAAGUACUAGCCAACCAUCGAGAAGCUAUUGGCUGGAGUGUGGCUGAUCUCAAAUGGAUUGAUCCCUCGGUAUGUAUGCAUCGAAUUUUCUUAGAAGAGGACUCCAAACCUUCGCAAGAAGCACAGAGGCAAUUAAAUCCAAAUAUGAAAGAGGUGGUGAAAAAAGAAGUAGUCAAGUUACUUGAUGCAAGCAUUAUUUACCCAAUUUCAGACAGUCAAUGGGUGAGCCCGAUUCACGUGGUUCCAAAGAAAUUUGGGAUCACUAUGGUGAAAAAUUCUGAAGUUGCCAUUCAUCCUGACGAUCAGGAGAAGACAACAUUCACCUGUCCAUAUGGUACUUUUGCCUAUCGCCGUAUGCCUUUCGGACUCUGUAAUGCACCAGCCACUUUUCAGAGAUGCAUGAUGGCUAUUUUCUCUGAUAUGAUUGAAAAUUUUCUAGAAGUCUUCAUGGAUGACUUCUUGGUGUUUGGGUCUUCAUUCGAUAAUUACCUGGAGAAUUUAGUGCUUGUUCUUCACGAUGUAAAGAGAAGAAUCUAA